AUGUCGCAACAAUCCAGCUCAUCUUCCUCCAAGAACAUGUCUGAUUCCUCUAGCUCUGAAUCAUGCAACCCUAACAGGGAAGAUCCUGUUGCUGACUCUGCGAAUACCUCACAUGCAAGAAGACCUAAAGAAACUGUAUCAGGCUUCUCCUCAGCAAUCGCGCUGGAUGAACAAACCAGAGAAGGUUCCAGGUAUGUUCACAAUGCCAUUGCAACUAUGGUGACUGGAAUACUGUCUGGUAAUCAUAAGGUCCUUGGGGUUUCCAUUCCCUUAAAUACUAUUGUACCUGAUAAUGUUGCUUAUCAAGAAAAUACAAUCUCUUUAGGAAAGAAUGUCUAUGCUGAUGCUGAGCAAACUGAUGCUCAUAAGGGGUCAAAUAUUGACAAACCCUUAGAUAAUGUGGGUGGUGAGGAAGUCCGUGUCACUCAUGAUGUCAGUGACAACCCUAACUGUGAAGCUGAAAUAGUAGACCUGGAGGAAUUUUCUGAUAAUGAGUUGUUGUCCUCAGUUGUCCCUAGCAUAGCCAAAAGGGUUAGGACUAGGAGAGAACAGAAAACAGUGGCUCAAAGGUCCCCCAGAAAGAAGAUUGAUGUGCCAACCUCUCCCAAUCCAAAGGUGGUAGAGAGUUCCCUCAAGAGGAAAGGUCACGGUCCAACAAAAACUUGGAGCAAAGGGGUGCCCAAGAAAAAUAAGACCAAGUCUGUUGUUGUUGAGUCUGACUCAGAUGUUCCAUGUGAUGUCCCUGACACUCUGUCAAAGAAGAAGCCAACCACUAGCAAGCUUGCAGCUAGUGUCUCUGAGGUACCAAUUGACAACAUAUCGUUCCAUUUUGCUUCAAGUGUAAACAGGUGGAAAUAUGUUUAUCAGAAGAGGCUGGCUCUGGAAAGGGAAUUGGCUCAGAAUGUCCUGGAAUGUAAGGAGAUUAUGGACCUUAUUCAAGAGGCAGGUUUAAUGAAGACUGUGACUCAGUUCUCAAAGUGCUAUGAGAUGCUAGUAAAGGAAUUUAUUGUCAAUGUGUCUGAAGAAUGUGUUGAUGGAAAGUCUAAGGAAUUCAGAAAAGUGUAUGUGCGAGGCAAGUGUCUACAUUUCUCUCCCUCAGUGAUCAACAUGUAUUUGGGAAGGCCUGAUGUAGCUCAACUUGAACUUGAGGUGACUGACAACAAAAUCUGUCAAGUCAUCACUACUAAUCAAGUAAGGAAGUGGCCUCUCAAAGGUAAGUUGGUGGCCAGCAAACUGAGUGUCAAGUAUGCAAUGCUGCACAAAAUUGGAGUUGCUAACUGGGUGCCCACCAAUCAUAAAUCUACAGUUGUUGUAAUGCUUGGAAAGUUCAUAUAUGUUGUUGGAACCAAAGCCAAUUUUGACUAUGGAUCCUAUAUUUUUUAUCAAACUUUGAAGCAUGCAGGAAGCUUCAGUGUGAAGGGGCCUAUAGCCUUUCCCUCCCUCAUCUGUGGUAUUGUGUUGAAUCAAUUUCCAAACAUAUUAACAGAGAAUGAUUCUGUGAAGAGAAGAGAUAGCCCUUUAUCCUUCAAUCAUAAAUUGUUCCUAGGUACGCAUGUUCCUGACGUUGCCAUGGCAACAAGUGAGACAUCAAGUGUAUGCAAUCAACCAGGUAAAGCUGAUGUCAUUGCAAUGCUCAAAGAAACGUGCAAGGAAUUAGAGGCAAGGAAGCUCAAUUUGGAAAAAUUGAUUAUCAAGUUGGAGAUGACUGAAGGUGAUGUGCUUGGUGAGGCUGUUGCUGCUGCAGAAGGAGAUGAAAGACAAGGUGAAGAGGGAGAAGCAGACGCCAGUCCUGAGGAUGGCACAGAUGAUGAUGCUGACUCUGAGUCAGAUAACUAG